CCCAUUUGUUUCAGUUUCGUUUUGGGAUUCGUCUUCAGAGUCGGGCGUGUUUGUGAAACGCAUUCCGAGUGAAAAUACAGAAAAAAAGGUGGAAAAAGCUGUGCUUUGUCUUAAGAUGUUACUUUUAAGAUACUCGACGGCCGUCAUCUGUGCCGUGUUCAUCGCCACAGGAGCUGUUUCAGGUGAAGUUAAGAUAAAACCAGUGGGUGAUACAGUGUCUUUUCGUCCAACCAACAUAAAAUCUCCGGUCACCAGCAUUAUAUGGAAACACAGAAGCAGCAGUGUUGUUACCAAGGCGAUUGAAUGGGAUGAUGAUGGUUUAAACAUCCCGAAUCCGAGAUUCAAAGGCAUCACAACUCUUGAUGAGAAAACUGGACAAAUCACUAUAACUAAUUUAACUGUCGAACAUAGUGGAGUUUAUACCAUUGACAUCAACAGUAAAGAGCAGGAACAAAGAUUUACGUUGGAAGUUCAGGAGCGAGUCUCCAAACCUGUGAUAGUUAAAGAGGAGAGCAGUAACCCUGAUGUUGUGUAUUUAAGAUGUGGAGACAGUGAAGAGAUCAUCUGGAAGAAUUCUACUGGACAAGUACUGGAGGGCAAGAAGAACCAUAAGCCGGGAAAGUUCAUCAUGGUUGAAAACACAAAAAAUCCACAAAACUUCUACACAUGCACACUCAAGAACGAUGUGAGUGAAGAGACCAGUCGGGUCUAUGAGAGAGAUCUGUUUAAGACGGAAUCAAAUGGAGGACAGAUCGUGGGAAUUGUAAUUGGUGUCCUUAUCCUCGCCCUUCUCAUCAUGUCCUUUCUCUACGCAUUCGUGAAGUCCGUUCAUGACCCUGUUAAUGAAUUCUGUUCAUGUAUACCAAAGAUUUUCGGCCCUCUGAAUUGUUUUUUAAAGGAGACAGAAGGAGAGCCCAAAGUUUCAACAGUUUAUGAUGUUGUGGUGCCUCUGAAAUCUGAAAAUGCUGACACUGAAAAUGCCUCUCCAUCAGAUGAGAAACAACAGUAAGUAAAAAAAAUAACUGCUCUGCAUCUAUGAAACAACAACACUUGCUGCAUUAUGGUGGCUGAAGAAUCAUUGUGCAUUUUAUCAUCUUGAAAAAAUCCGCAGGAACAGAGCAAGGAACAGUUGUUAUCUGCAAUGAACUGAAAUUAGUUUCUUAGAAAGGACCAGUUGUGUACUUUUCAAUGUUACUUGUGCUUAUAAAUCUAUAAUUUAAAGUCCAUAAAUCUUUUAUCUAAAUUGGUUGUAUUAAAAAAUGGAUUUGGGCUGUGUAAACCAAAACAAAGAUGUGUGGAUGGUGCUAGAUAUGAUCCUCCUGGAUCAGCACAGUUGGGUAACACUUUAUUUUGAUAGUCCACUUUAGACAUUCUACUAACAGUAAGUAACUUUGCAACUGCAUGUCAACUAGUCAUUAGAGUAUUAGUAGACUGUCUGCUUAAUAUCUUUUAACACUCUUCUAAACUUUGCAAGUAUAUGUCAGCUUAUUCUACUAACCCUAAACCUAGCCUAACAGUCUGCUCUGAGAGUUAGUAGACAUGUACAGUACUGUGCAAAAGUCUUAGGCCACUAGUAUUUUCAUCAGCUAAAAAAUGGUUUAAAGUCAGUCUGUUACUGUAGUGUGUCAGUAAGAAAUAUCAGUUUACAUUUCUAAACAUUCAUUUUGCCAUUAAUUAUAAUAAUCCAGUGAGAUUUUUGUAUGGAGCACAGGCUGUUGUCAGACUCCUUGUGCAAACAGAGAUGUGAUCUCUCCAUCAUUCAAUCCAGUCUGUCUUAAGAAACAGAAAAAACGGAGACAGACUAAAUCCAGAAGAACUGUAGCAACAUCUCCAAGAUGCUUUAAGAGACCUAUACCUACAAAGCUACAGUACUGUUAAAAUUUUUAGGCAGUUAAGCACAUCAAAUGAGGAUGCUGUCAAAAACAAUGUCAUAAAUAGAUUUUCUUUAUCAAUUAACUUAUAUUAACUAAAAUAAAUAAGCAUUUGAUGUGACCAUCCUUUGCGUUUAAAGCAGCUUUUGCCCUAGGUGCCCCUGUGCAGAGUUUUUCAGGUAGUUUUGCAGGUAGGUUACUUGAAACAUCUUGGAGACGUUGCCACAGUUCUUCUGGAUUUAGUCUGUUUCAGUUUUUCUGUUUCUUUAUGUCAUUCCAGGAAGACUGGAUGAUGAUGAGAUUAGAUCAGUGUGGAGCACUGGCUGUUGUCAGACUCCUUGUGCAAACAAUAAUCUCACUAGAUUAUUACAAUUAAUGGCAAACAGAAUGUUUGGAAAUGUAAACAGAUAUUUUUUUACUGACACACUACAGCAAAGGAUAGAAAUAACUUACUUUAAACCAUUUUUUAGCUGGUGAAAAUACUAGUGGCCUAAGACUUUUGCACAGUACUGUAUUUGCAGAGUUACUUACAGUUAGUAGAAUGUCUAAAGUGGACUAUCAAAAUAAAGUGUAACCAAAUAGAUAGACUUUUUAUAUAUGGACUAAUUUUAAUUUUAUUUGAGUUUAAAUUAGUUUAAUUAACUUAAAGGCGUCAUCGGGUGCUAAGUUCACUUUUUAAUGUUGUUUGAACAUUAAUGUGUGUUGGCUGUAUAUGUACACAUCUACCCUAUAAUGAUAAAAAUGCAUGCGGUGGUUUUUAAUUAAUCUGAAAAAAUAAUAUCCCCUUUUUCAAAUCGAACCAUUCUCAGAUGCCUGUCGGUGUGGCGUCACACCAACAGAGGACACUCUCACGAUAGUUGAUUGACAUGAGCGUCUCACCUCAGAUCAGCUGUCAAAGUCCGACCUCCACUGUUUCGAUGCCGGAGCAGGGAUGUAAGUUAGACAAGAAUAUCUCCAAUUGAGCGAUUUAGGUGUUGUGUUGUUGGAUGUAAUAAUGAACAUAGUGGUCGUCAUUUACUCCCGACAUCUGAGCCACUGAAGAUGCAGUGGUUUACGUUUGUUUGUGAAGGGAAUGCACCUCCCGAUCUACAUAUAUCCGUCUAUGUUCGCACGAAUCAUUUGUGAUCCAGCUUCACUUACAGCAGAAGUGAGUAUAAGGGUUUUUUAUGAAUCUCUGCAAUCACCUUUCCUAAUAACGUGUUAGUUAGCAAGUUUAGUGGAUAAAUGCGGCUAAAGUAAACAGGCUCGUCACUUCACAGAGGGGAAGAGAGGGGCGGGGCGAGCAGAGCUCAUUAACAUAUUAACACAAGCAACCUCGACCAGAACAGGAUGAUUUUUGCAGAGCUGAUUUUGGCAAGGUAAAAAAGGUGUUGUUUUACACUACCACUGAGAAUUUUUAACCAAAGUAUAUUAUAGACUUUUCAUUAAGAAUCAUAUGAACUUGUGGAAGAUGGGCAUCCACUGACCCCUUUAAUUACAGAGAAUGUGGAGCAGCAGUGCAUGCACAGCAUUGUAGGAAACAUUGGUUUUUUACUGUUGUCUUGGAAAAUGUCAUUAUUUAGAAAUAAUAACCAACCAGAAUCAAGUAUUUCAGAAUGCUAUGUAAUAAUCUGAGAUUUUUUUGCUGUUGAUAUUUCUAUUUAUGUAGUUUUUUUUUUUAAAGUAAGUGGCAGAAUGUCAUUGUUUUCCACCAAUGUUCUGCUGCUCAAUCAGUUUGCAAAUCAAACGAAUUAAUUUCCCUCAAAACUGCAUAAAUCACUGAAAUUACAGUGCAGCCUAAUUCAGAAUUGUGAUUUGUCAUUCUAGGUCAGUUAGCGACUUGUAAGUAGGUAGUUUAUAAAAUAAUGCAAUCACUUAGUAAAUUCCACAGGUUUUAUCAUAUCAAUCCAAAUGUAAAUAAUCUGUAUUUCUUUUAUGUCCUUUUAAAACUGUACUGAACUGGAUUUUUUGUUUUUUAAAAGCAUGACAUCUGAACGAUAACACUGUUUCCCUUUUCAAGGCCUCAGCUUCUUUAAGCAAAGUGGGUUACACCCAUAGAUGGAUUGUUCGGACUUUAACUUUUUUUUUUCCUCAUCUUGGCACACUUAAGAUGUAUUUAUAAUUGUUGGGAUUAUUGCUUGUUUGCAUUGAAAUAAAUGAUUUUCAGCCAUACUUCAAUAUAUGCAAACCUUAUAUUACAAUUUGUAUGCUUCCUUAUGCGUAUCUGUUGAAGCUGAUAUUUUAAAUAGAGUAAGUGUGAAAUGUUUCUGCCUUCCAUUUAUUUAUUUUUGAUAUAAAUUGGCAUUGACUGCAUUGACAUUUAGGAAUUCACUAUCGCUAAUCAACCUAAAGAGAUUGGGUAAACAUCCUUCUUGUAGUCGUAAGACUGUACAUACAGUGUCAAUGAGUUACAGUUGAAUAUGAAUGUAUAAAAGAUCGAACUACUUCUAUCCCUGAAUGAUGCUGACUGUAUUUUGGUGUUGUGUUUUAUACUUAAAAAGAGGAACUGCAGUGCAAUACUAACCCAACUAUUGUUGCUAAUAAGGGAUUAAGAAAAGAACUAAGGAAGUCACUAUUAUAUUCUUUGUCAAUAUGACAGUGGACAUAGACCGUUCUGUUUGUCCCUUUAGCUAUAGACUUUGUGGUCUUCUGCGUUCUAUGAGUUGGGUUUGGUUCAUCUUACAAUUUCAGUGCAAUAAAAAUAAGGGAAAUGGCAGUUGCCAUUUAAAAAAAAAAAAAAGUAAUUCUGAAAAUCCUCAUUCAAAAGUGUAAAAGAAAAUAUCAAGUUAUCAGAUCAGUCACUGCAACUGGACUUGCACACAGUGACAGCCCUUGUUGCAGUGACAUGAAUGUGAUUAUGUAUUUUUCCAAAAUCAGUCAAUACAAUAAUGUUAUGUUCACUUUGUAUUCAUGGCCAUUUAUUAUUGCUUGUGUAUAUUUUUACAACAUUUAUUAAUUUACCAACUGUUAUUUGUAGAGUUGCAAGGCUAUGUCAACACUGUCAAAACAUGAUUGAUUUAACUUGGGAUCAUGGGAUGAAUACAUGCUCUUUCAGUGUUUCAUAUCUUUGCAAAUGUGUGUUUUGAACAAAUUCAUCAAACAAGCAGUUUCUCUGUAAAACACAACCUUUUUAUAUUAUCAUUAAAUGUUGCUUUAUGCCA